AUGUAUGAGACCGACGACAUCGAGCGAUCCGAUGAAUUGGAGGUGUUUUGGUCUCCUUAUCCUGUACGGCAACAGUGGUUGAUUUAUAUGGAAGAAGGAUUUGAAAACUGUGGUGCACCUGGAGCGCUAAACUUCAGGCAGUCGAACAGCGCUUGGCUGAUAGAAACUCUCAGGAUCCCAAUCUUGCGACACCAGGGUAAAAAGCCAGGUUUACAGAGGUCGUCCAAAGCAGCGGGAGAAGAGACUAAUGAAGAGAAAAUAAAUUGUAUAAACACUUUGGAAUUUGACGAAGACUGCUGCAGGAAAAGGGCAGAUUUGAUGAUAUCAGGAGAAACUCUGAAAUAUCAAGACUUGAGCGGAGGAAAAAGAGGCCACGGAUGGACAUCUCUUGAAUUUGAAGUGCAAAGUUUUUAUGUGGACACUUAUUGCUACAUCCUCCUCCGCAGUGAUUUGAGCCCUGUGUGUCAGUAUGUAAUCGCCACCAAUAAACGAGGUAAGAGAAAUAUAAUUGGUAAUGGUGACAAAAUUCUGGCAAAGUUUUACAUCGAGAAUAUGAUGCGCCAAAGAGAGCUGAUGAUUAACCGGUACACGGUCAAUUCUGUAAGUCAGUUUGAUAAAAUAAGUCUGCCAAAUGCACCGGGACUGAAUCUAGCAGAAAAACUGAAAAAGCAAACUCAUUAUGAAGUUAAAUUCGUCUUGGUAGUAGUUGGCGCAGCUGGUGAAUAUUUCAAAGACGUUGCAGAGGAAAGAGACGUUAUAAAUUCAUCUGCACGAAAAGAAGAAGAACCAGAACGAAAGCUGACGUUAGUAAAGAAAAUAUCAGAAGAAAUCGGAUUGGACAUAAAUACCAGCAGAUGGGUCUAA